AUGGCUGCAUCAAUCGACAGCGCGGACCUCCGCCUCCUACUCGAGAAGCUCCCCCAAGAACUUUACGACAUGAUCUACAAGGAUGUGUUCACCGCCACCCCAUGUUCCAGAAACCCCACCACCGGCCAAGGCGUCAACAACAACAUGCUCCAAGUCAGCCGCCACACGCGCGCCGAGUACGCAAAGACCUACUACGGACCAGGCGCCGAAUUCGUCUUCAAUCACCGAGACGACCCCUUUUCCUAUGUCGCCAUGAUAUCGUGGAUCGAGACCCUACCCGCUGAACACGUCAACCUAAUCGACCACAUCCUCUUUAUUCUCGAGAAGGAAACCGAAGAAGAUGGAACUCGCAUGGAUGUGGAUGUCGACACGAGCAUCGAGGUUCAGAAGCUCGAGCUCGCGGUCAAGUUUAUCCCCGAUCAUGUUGUCGAUAAGUGCGAUUAUCGAUUCGUGGUCGUGAUUGAUCCCGAYGAGAGCAGAUUGUCUAUUAUGGAGGCCCUUGAGAGUCGCGCAUACAUCUUUGGUGCGAGGCGAUCGAAGCGCUGGCUUCGGCGCAUUUGGGCUGCGACACAGCCUGCGAGCCAUCUCAGGAAACUUCAGCGACCAAGCUGA